AAGGAAAUGCAACGCACAAUGCAGAAGCCCAAAAACAGUGAAGAAACCCGAAAAGAGCCUAAGUAGAAACCCUAACCCAAAAAGUGCCUAAAUAGAAACCUUCACAAUUCACCGAACCCAAACUCUCCUCACAUACCACCGCCAAAGUUGCCGGAAUCCUUGCACCAAAGCUCACCAUCUUCCACAACCAAACAAUGAUCACGAAAUCCGUCGCAACUUCUCCAUCAUAAUAAACAGGUACCUUGAAUUUAUGAGAAAAGUGAUUUUGAUUUCAUGUUGAUCAGAAAAAAGGAGAAUAAUAGAUGGAUUAGCAAGAGAAUCCAAAAAAAUCAGCAACCCAUCUCACAGUAGGAAACACUGCCUUCUGAUGAACUCUUCCCUUUAAUAAACUGAAAACCCAAAGAACAUCAUACAAGGCCAGGGAUAGAUCGAAGAUGAGGAGAUCAAGCUGCAUCACCACCACCUCCGCCAAAAAUCCUCCAUCAAAUAUAAGUCAGAGACGAAUCACAGACAAGGCUGAAGAAGGAUGGAAAGAGAGGUCGAAUAGAAAAUCCAAUUUUUCAACCUAGAUCUAGAGCUGAAAGCCCGAAAAUCUGAGAAAAUAACCCUGGAAAACCCCCCCCAAACAGAAAUUAAAAACAAAACAAACAAACGAGAUUGGAGUUCGGAUUUUGUAGGUGGACCAAAUCCGAGCUCAGGGAGAAGCUUGAAAAGUUUGUGGAGGUUGGAGGAAGGGGAUAGUAGAGUGGGUGAGCAGAGAGAAAAAAGUUACAAGAAAGUGGCUUUCCUUUCCUUGUAGAUGAAAUUUCUCCCUUCAUAUAUGCAAGCACCAUUGGAAGCUAGAUGAUUCCCUUAGUUGAUUUUUUUAAGUACCGAGUUCUCCUGUAUAGAUGGGCACCAUUUUUCGGGCUUGAGUCUUUUGCCAUAGGUCCAAAUAGAGUAAUCUUUGAAUCCGAGAUGUUGAAAUUUGAUAUAUUUCGUCUUCCGUUCACCAUAAUGAGAAGCUCUGGUCCAAAUCGAGUAAUCUUUGAACCCAAGAUGUUUAAAUGUGAUAUAUUCCGUCUCCAGUUCACCAUAAUGAGAAGCUCAGGUCUAAAUCGAGUAAUCUUUGAACACAAAUAUAUUUCAUUUAGAAGCAGACAAACACAGACGAGGUCAGCGAUUUUGACGAGCUUUCUAACAUGGAGAUCGAGUGCUUCACAGCAGGGACUUAUGUGAGGUUUGAGUUCCAUGAUGUUCCAUUUGAGAUGGUUAAAAAUCCUGAUCCCUGUCAGCCUAUUCUUGUUGGAGGCAUCAGUCUUGAGGAAGCAAAAGUUGGAUAUAUGCAGGUGAAACUUGAGCCACAUAGUUGGCAUAUGAAGUUAUUGAAGACAAAGGACUCUAUCAUUGUUUCAGUUGGUUGGAGGCGGUACAAGACAAGAUCUAUGUAUUCCCUAAAAGACUGCCAUGGAAAAAAUCGAGUGCUCAAUUACACUCCGAAAAGCAACCCUUGUCUUGCACCUCCCAGUACUGGACUUGCUGUUGUACAAAGUCUGGCAGACAACAAGGCUGCAUUUUAGAUUUUAGCAAACGCUUCUGUGUUUGUAUUUAACCAUGGCGCAGAGAUAGUGAAGAACCGCAAGUGGAUAGGGACUCCAUAUAAGAUUUUCAAGAAAACUGCUCUUAUAAAGAAUAUGUUCACAUCGGAUCUCGAAAUUGCUUAUUUCAAGAAUGCAAAAAUUAAGACUGAGUGGAAUUUCUGGGAAGAUCAAUAAGCCUGCUGAGAAAGAUCUUACUCAUGGACUAGAUGGGAUUGCUGUAUGUACAUUUAAGCAGAAAAUUCACAAGCACGAUACCGUUUUCAUGCAUGUAUAUCAAAAGGUUGAGGUUCCUCGCUUCUUCAACCCAAUAAUGAGAGGUCCAGAACCACUUGACCGUAUUUGGCAUGGUGUGGUUGAUGCUUAUGAGCUCACUCGAGCUAGUAAUCUCUGUGUGCCUGCAGACAUGGAUUCUUUCUAUAAGAGGCAUAUCAAUCCGUUCGAUACCAGGGACCUCGAAUUUCAUUCAAGGUGGCCACAAUUGAUGGUGGCACAAAGGCGUGCGAUUUCCGAGGAAGAGAAGCUAUCUAUAAAGCGCCAAAUUGAAGACUUGGAGAUUUUACGUGAUGAGAGACGGAGAGAGAGGGAAUCAGAGGCCCUUUCUCGGAGGUGGCAGACACUUGAACAACUUCGUGUUGUUCGCAUUAUUGAGAAUCAAAAGAAGCCUGAGGAUAUCAACAAACAGUUGCCAUUCUUAGAGGAUGAUCAGAACUCUUUAAGGCUCAUGAUAGAAGGCUUCAUAAAGAAAUACAAAGAGUAUGUGAAAGGGAAAGCGGGGAUGCCAACUGGUGACAUUCUCCCAUCACCAAGUUCAGCAGCAGGUUUCCAAGUUAGUCAUGCAACCACGUGCUUGUCUAUUAACAACAUAAGUGGCUUAUACUUUAUGGCUGAUGGCCGCGUUACAACUACCUACCCUCAUUACCCAGAAGAUUAUUUUGAAAUAGUGGCCGACGAUCGUAAUAAAAUACACUUUGUGGGUAACCGAGUGCUAGUUUCAGCUUCAGGAGACUGUUGUUGGUGUGACCUAUUUAUCUGGAUUUUUAGGCGAGAGAUUGAACAUGCUAUAGCGACUGCCGAUGAGACUGCUGAAGAACGGAGUGCUUUUUGGACUGUGGAGAGAUGUGCAGGAUUCGUACAGUGGUUUCAAAAUGUUGGAUUUGAAGCUCCCUUUCUACCACCAGACACACAUUGUGCAAUGAUAUUUGGGAGUUAUGAGAACUUUGAGGCGAGAAUGUUUUUUGCAAACAAGGAAGAAGUGCAUGAAAUAUUCAAUGCUGAAUUACCAACGGGACAUGAUAGGCUAUGGGGGGGUUAGGUUGUAAAGAUGCAGUGGAUGAAAUUACAAGAUCUGGAUUUAACAUCUAUGAGGGAGAUGGUAUUGCUCAAUGGGAAGAACAUGUAAUAGUUAUGCUGUUAGGAAUUCAGGCGGCUUGCAACAAGGAUAGGUUUUCAGGGGGAACCAUUCAAGUUUAUCAUAUGUCGCCGCCCCUUGGAGCUACUGAGCGUGUGCACCCACACCAGUUGGGACUGCCACUGAUCAUCAGAGCUAUGUGAUGGUUUCUGACAUUAUUGAUUCUCAGCAACUAUUUGGAGAAUUUCAUUUCUACUUUUUUGCUACUGGACUUGUGCCUCGAAUUUGGUUAAGAUGCUUUUCUUUCUUGUGGUUGAUUUCUUGUUAAUUCUUAAGUUCAAUUUGCAUACUCAAACUCCUUUCACUGUUAAA